CGUAGUGAAUAAGGUUUGGUUUGGGACAGCUGCGAGGUUUAAUUGAAAGCUAUGGGUAAACAGUAAACAAUAAUAUGAUCACUAAUAUCGACUCAGAUCUGGUUUGUUUGUCUGUAGUACUUUUAGAAUGGAUUAUAAUAUAUUAGGCUAUAAUAGACACUCCUAAGGUUAUUAUUUUAAAUAAGUGGAUGUGGAGGAGUAUCAUUUUCAGUUACAGGAAGAGGAGAGGACCCUGUAAAGGAAACGAAAACGAAAGUUUCCAGAAGUAUUGGCACACCUACUUGCUGAAAAGAAGGAGUAAGCACUACAAACAGAGAAAAUAAGAAAAAAAAAGAUGUCCGUCACUUUCUAUGGUUGGGAAGUAGACUACGAUGAGGACCGCCACCUCAGAGCAGAACAAGAGCCUAAAUCUGGCAGGCAUUACACCAUGUACCACGGCACUCAGGUCCAAGCAGCUCGCCAUAUCAUCCAAAAUGGCUUCCGUCAGUCCUCAGAUGGGAUGUUGGGGCCUGGGGUUUACGUGAGCCGCAACCAGAAGAAAGCUGAGCGCUACCCCUUGAACGCCACCUUCAAUGACCGUGUGGUCCUGAAGCUGAGCGUCGAUUGUGGAAAAGUCAAGAGAAUUGACAAAGACAACCACCCUAUGCAGAAGACAUGGCACAACAAUGGCUACGACACGGCCUGGGUGCCGCCCAAAUGUGGUAUGAAGGCUGUUCCCAGUGGCCUGGAGGAAGACUGCGUGUGGGAUCCCAAACGUAUCGAGGUGAUCGAUGUCGUGUUGGCACCCAACGGCACCAUUUUGAAUGAACUCAAGCAGUCAAUCACCCAGAAAUCUCCGCAAGCUGCUGCUGCUGCCGCCAACCCGCAAGUGUGCCAGCUGUGCAACUGGAAAAAAUCUCCAGCGCAUAGCGUUCAGCCCUGCUGGGGCUGCGGGGAAACUAUCUGCACACUAAUGACCAAACACAAGUGCAAUCACUGGGGCUAGGUAGCUGUUUCCAAACCAGGAUAUAACAAUACCACAAUAUUGCAGUAUACCCUGAUAGGGAGAUGUCCUGAUAUAGUGAUAUAUUCAUUCAUUUAUUCAUCUUCAGUAAGUGCUUUAUCCUUUGGGGUCCAGAGCCAAUCCCAGGAGCACUGAGGGAUGUACACCAGUCCAUCGCUGGGCAUAUAGUGAUUAUUUUUUUAAGGAUAAAUCCUCUUAAAAAAACAUUCUGUCCAAAAUGCCAUUUACACUACUUUUCCCUAACCCCAAAGGUAUUCGUGUCAUAAAUUUUCCACUGUUAUGAGGCUAAUGUAACUAACAAAUAAGGGAAGCAUCAUGCAAAGUACACGAAAAUGGUAAGUUGGGAAGACGGUGGAGGAGCAUCUUUCAGUUAUUCAGUCGUCCUGCGUUCUAACAUCUGUAAUAACCUCAAUUAUGCAACAUCAGGUUGCAUAAGUAAUAAUAAAAUGUUCCAGAUUUUCCUUUUAACCAAAUCAUUAUCUAGAGCAUUUCUAGCAUGUGUGCGAUUACGAGGGAUAAUUAUUUAGACUGAUAUACCGAAAACUCACGUAAUCUGUAAUGACCUCUACAAGCAGUCGUUAAUUGCUGUCAAAAAAAGUGUUAAUGCAAACCAUAUUUUGUGAAACAAUUUCAUGGAUUACUUCUUGAAAGAUAAUUGUAAAUUGCUUCAAAUCUGUAUAAUUCAUCAUUUCAGCGAUGGGGCUGCUUUUCCAGAGGCAGGAAUGUGGUCAUACAUUAACAACAUAGUGAUGUGUCAUUUGCAAACGAAUCAACUUUUUGAACCGUUACUGCAUCUGCACCAGUGUUGAUACAGUAAAAGUAAAGUUGGAAAAGCAGCAUUGAUAAGACUUUCUGUAAUUUUCUGUUAAAUCAAGCCCUAAUAAUCACACACCCACUGUAAAGUUCAUAAAAUUACAGAAUACGUUACAACAAAUAGUAGCUAAACAAAUCAAAUUGGAACUAUAGUAUCAUAUAAAUAUAAUAGCUUAGAUAUGUACUUUUGUUUAUUUUUCUAGAUAAAAUUGUGGCACAAACCACAUAAGAAAGUGUGAAACUAAACACAGCUAAGCUUCCCUUUUUUGUUAGCAACAUUUGCAAAUCUAAAGGAACUUUGGAAACCAAACAUAUCUGGGGAAAGGGGGAAAUUGUGGAUUUUUAACCUGUCCUUUCUAUUCUAGCACUUUCUUUAACUAGAUAAUUAAAUACUUCCUAGCGCUGUAGUUUUUUUGAUGAUUUAAUAUCAACUUCUUUUAAAAGAUGAAGAAAUAUGGUGCCAUGCUGGAAACUGUGUUUUUUUUAUACCACUGUAAGAGUGUUCCACUAUGGAUUUAAUUUCCUGUUGGAACUCAUUGUAUGUGAAUGCAACUUUCUGAUUGUAUGAAUCACAAAUCUAUGGUCACUUUCGUAAAUCUGUCACUUGACUUGCAACUCGAUCGUCCAUUUCAUACUUGUAGGGCUCACUUUAUGAGUUGACAGGACUUUUUUGUUUUAGAUCCACCCACUCGGGCUCUUUUCAUUUGGAUCAGAUCACCACUAAGAGUCGACUCUUUCAGUUCACUGGACAAAGUUUGCGAUAUUUCGAAUUUUAAAUUUUCGUGAAUAAUUUUUUUUGAAUAAACAAUGACGUAGCGGACAAAAGUCACGUUUCAAAGCUAUAAAUGAAAUUUUUAUUUGAUUUAAUUAAUGAAAGCAUGAUAGCACAUAAACACGAUGCUUACUGAAGAUGAAUGAAUUCAUGCUAACAAACAGCUCAGAUACUGAAAGGAGCUUUCUAUGGAAGCAUUUUGAUUAAAUUACACUAUAAGAGUAAUGCAUUACCUACAUCUACAAAAAAAAAAAAAAAUACAAAGAAAGAA